AUGCGCUGGGCGCUGCCGCUCCGCGGGCUGCCGGGGCCGCUCGGAGGCGGCGCGGUGGGGCGGCCUCCGUGGCUGUCGGCGUUCGGAGGGCGGCGCGGCGGCACGGCGGCGGCUGCGGGGAACGGCGGGAAGCUGAAUGUGCUGCCAUCCUUUGGGUUUCUUUUUGACAUUGACGGUGUGCUGGUACGAGGAAAGACUCCAAUACCUGCUGCAAAAACAGCCUUUCAGAAGCUGGUUAACUCUCAGGGCCAGUUCUUGGUGCCUGUAGUAUUUGUCACCAAUGCAGGGGAUUGCCUUCGCCAGAAGAAAGCAGAUCAGCUGUCCCAUGUACUGGGAGUUCCAAUUUCACAAGACCAAGUGAUGAUGUCGCACAGCCCGCUGCGGAUGUUCAAACGUUAUCAUCCAAAAUGUGUUCUUGUAUCUGGACAAGGACCACUGCUUGAUAUUGCUCAGGACCUUGGGUUCAGCCAGCCUGUCACCAUUGAGAUGUUGAGGGCGAAGCACCCUCUGCUGGAUGUGGUUGACCACAACAGAGCACCGGGUGUUUUGUACCCCUCUGCUGUGGAGCUUCCCAAGAUUGAGGCUGUCAUUUUGUUUGGGGAGCCUGUCAGAUGGGAAACCAACCUUCAGCUUAUAAUAGAUGUUUUGCUGACCAGUGGCUACCCGGGUAAUCCAUAUCACCAUGAAAAUUACCCUCAGAUACCUGUACUUGCUUGUAAUAUGGAUCUAAUGUGGGUAGCUGAAGCACAGUCUCCAAGGUUUGGGCAUGGGACAUUCAUGGUUUGUUUGGAAAACAUUUACAAGAAAAUUACUGGCAAAGAUCUGAAAUAUGAGGCCUUAAUGGGCAAGCCUAGUGAACUGACCUAUCAGUAUGCAGAUUACCUUAUCAGAGCUCAAGCAGCAGAAAGACAGUGGAAGCAACCCAUUCUAACUCUUUAUGCAGUUGGAGAUAAUCUCAUGACUGAUGUCUAUGGUGCUAACCUUUACAAUCGCUAUCUCGAAGAGAAGAAUUCCAGAAAAGGCUCAAAAGCAUGGAUUCAGGCCAAAGUUGCUGGUGGCAAAGGGUCUGCUGCUCUCUCUCAGGAUGAUGAAAUAGCCAACAGCUGGGAGAAUGAACUGGCAUCCUCUGCUGCUACCCAUUGCAGGUCUGUUCUGGUUUGUACUGGGGUUUACAACCCUCACUCAGAGGUACCCUUGGAUACUAAGGAGAGCAGAACUGAAACGAUAUUCCAUGGCCACAGAGAUUUUAGGUUUGAUCCUGGUUUAGUGGAACCAGAUCAUGUGGUACCAGAUGUUAAUGCUGCUGUAGACCUGAUCUUCCAGUUGGAGAACUUUGCUCCUAAUUGACAUGACAUGAUUUCUUCAGGACUGCUUAAUGUUACACUUGUCUUCCCCAAAACUGUGCUUUAAAAUCAUGCCACAAACUGCUUUUUUUUUUUUUUAAACGUGAAAGUAGAUUAAUGUGCUUAAUAUACUUAGUAUAAGACUAUAUAAAUUAAAAAAAAUCUGUUUAAAAUACUUUAAGAUUAUAUAAGUAUAAACAAUACUUUAAAAGUAUUUCAAACUAAUUUAUUGCUUUAGCUGUUCUUUAUUUGGAUGUUAUUCAUUAUUUUAGGUAUUCCAGUAGUUAUUUUUCAUAAUUGCUUAUGUUUUAUCGGUCCUUAAAUUCCUGUGUGACCACUCAUUCUUUUCUUUCUUGAAAGAUUUACCUUCUAGUUAUUGGAGGUUUUUGAUAGUGAGACUGGGUCAAUCACAUAAUUACAAAUUGUUUGAUAUAGAGCACAGUAAGUAUUCUGCAAAAGAUGAGCAUUCUUUCAAAUAUGUUGCUUCACAUAAGAGUUGAAUUCGAGAAUAUUCUGUCUCUGUACUCACUCAGAUGGAACCAUGCAGCCUUUCUUUUUAUCUGUUUUCCAAUGCAUCUGGACCUGCAUUGCUGCUAUGCUCUGACACGUAAACCCUUAAAAGAAACGCCAGUAUAAGCUGAUGAAAGCUGAGUUGUUAACAGAAAUUUUGGAACUCCUGCUAACUGAACAGUCAUACAGGGAAAGCAGCAAAUAGUGAGUGUCCUAUGUGGUGUAACACCUGGCCUUUUUGUAGUUGCCUUUUUAUUUGCACUUCUGUGGGUAAUUUUGGAAAUUGUUUUGGGCAUUUCACCUGGGCAUCUCCACGGAAUGAGUGACUGCUAUUUGGGCAAAAAGUGCCUACUAGUUUACUUGAAGCUUUGUACCACUGUGGUAGCUGACUGCCCUUGAGUGUAAUAUGCUUUGUCUUGUGUCAAUGUUAUGUGUUUGGUUCAUGGAUUUUUAUAAUUGUUCAUUUUUUUAAAAAACUUAUUUUUAUAAAGUACUUCUAACCAUUUUAAUCCAAAAGAUGUAUUUGAAAAUGUCUUCUGUGUUGGUUAUAACACACUGAGAUAACACUUGAGAUAAGCUGUGUGUCUGUCCCAUAUUGCUUGGAAAACAUAAGUCAAUUAAAUGCUUAAAAAUGAAGUCAACUUACAUGGAAGUAGCAUGUAAAAUCACCUUAGGACUAGUGAGGUGUGGGAUCUGUUUUGUUUCAGAAAUAAGAAAUGGUACAACAAAUCUGAGAGUCUUCCAGAGUUCUUGCAGAAGCAGAAUGCUGCCUUACAAACAUUCUCAGCUGGUGGGGUAAGGAGAAAUGAUGUCCUGGCCAACUUCUAUGCUGCUUAUUAUCCUGAAAUCCAAAUCUGAGUACUCUUCAUGUCAUGAAGAGAACAACAGUGCUGCCAUUAAGUCAGGCUUUUGUUGUGUUUUCUGUUUGCAUGCCACUCCAGUCACUUCCACUACUGUCAGGAUUGUUGAUUAAUUCACUCAUGUUUCGUAAGUAGCUUUCAACAUACCUUGCUGGAUGCAGGGUUUUAAGUUUAAGGACACUGUUCCAAAUAUUGUAUUUUGUUUUUAUUCACUGGAAAACUAUUACAGCAGUCCAUUCUUACCUUUCUUACUUUUGCAGCAAGUGAAUGUGUCUGUUUCUUUCUCUCUUUUCUGUAAUAUGCCAACUACUUACGAAGCAUGCCAAAUGUUUUUAAGUAAAGAAUGUUAAGGUUUUGUAAGACGUCAGGAUAACCAGAGUUGUGUUGUUUCAGUAUUGAAGCACAUUGCUGAAUUCUUUCUUACUGGAACCCAUUUCAGACUUUCAGUGAAGCAAGAAAUAAAAACGUGGAAGUUGAUGAAGAAG